AUGGACGUGGCUGAACUGACCCGAUAUGAAAAUAUUACACCAGACGCUGCAGACUACGCUCACAGCGGGAUGCCAGACUCGCUACUGGAGGUUGCGGAUAAGGUUUGUCAGCGAUUACAGCUUUUUUCAAAGAAAACAUAAUUAUUGGCAGUUAGUGUUUUGGAACUGUUGCUAAUACUUAUUUUGAAACAGGCUCACUAGAAUAUACUCCUAAUCUGAAAUUAGUAAGACGAACGUACAAAAUAUUGAUUUGCAGCUGCUACCUCCAUUGUUUCCUAUGGAUAUCCUUUAUUACUCAGUUUCCAUUAACUUAAAAUUCAUCACAUGGCAGACCAAAUUUGUGACUUAUCAAUUUUUAGUAAAGUCUUAAAAGUGUGCACACCCGUUGACCAAUUUUGAAGUCAGUAUUUUUCAAAAUGUAUUUUCUCUGUAGGAUAUUUUAGAGUCUAUAUACAGUCAAAUCUCUCUGUCAACUCGUAUUUUCCAACCACCGUUAGUUUUUGGCCUGUUACCGCCGAUAGCGCAAAGCAGUGAGGCGUUACACUUGGAGGAAUACUUGAGCUAGCCUUCAAAAACAAUUUUUCAGUCGCCGCUCUAGAUUAGGUGUCCAAUGCCGGUUCCAUUCCGUCGAUUUUAUCUUUGUUGUCCCUAUAAAAACGUACAGAGUCGUGAGUUUUGGCAAAAGAAUAGGGUGUUUUAUGAAAUUCCUUCGUCCGAUCCACCCGUUUGACCAGAGCUCUUCAUUUUAUUUCUGCGCGCACAACAGUAGUCUACACGAUAUUUACCUUCUGUUACUUUGCACGCUUAAAGUCUAAAUCCGAAAUGUUGCGUCAAACUGUCAAACGUUUGGUUGACUCCGACAAUCUGGUCGACAAUUCACUUUUUAACCAACAAAAAACAUAUUAAAAUCUACUUCGAUUCUGCACGAUCGUCCUUAGUAAAAUGAAAGUUCUGCUUUUUACAAACGAUUAUAUAGAACUGGACGUGGUUUUCAAAACCAUUAUCUUAGUGCAUACUAUGACUGCCCGGUAGGUCUUUGCCUGCAGGCAUAGAAACGUUUUCCAACAAUCCAAGUCACCUUUAUAAGCUGAACAUAAAUGAUGCUUAAUCACAAAGUGACUAAGCAUAGAGUACUUGUUGUUGUCACACAAUGACAACGUUAUUGAUUUGAACUUUCUAUUAAAAGAGUGAUAAGGCGUUAACUGGGCACUAUCGUUACCUGAAAAGUUCCUGGUGAAUAUUUGUAAGCUGUUUCUGCAAAUAACAAUGCCCAAGUGACACUUAACUUUUCGGGGGGCUCUAAGCCCUAACAAAAUGGUACGCUUUCGCAUCGAUAAUUAAUUCCUUUAAGUUUGCUGUAACUACAAACUAUCUAGACUAAGAUGCAAAAUUAAAAUAUCAAAGAGGAAAUCCGCCUUACAUUUGGUUAACCGAUGCAUUAUGUUUACAAGUAAGGUGUAUUUUCCCUCAAAAUAGGUCUUAAGGCUUUUCUUCUAAGGACAUUUUGGUAUCCGCGUAAGUAGCAGUUCUGAAAUAUCAUGCUUUAGGCUUAAAAGCUGAGUUGCUGGAUUAAGAUAUCAGAAGGCUAAUAUAAGUUAUGGGAUCCAGAUAACAGUGUUGAUAUUUAAUUCAUCAGAGUGUUUAAUAGGUGUCAAAAUCCAAAGCAUUGUCAUUCGCUGUUCCGUUUAUACUUAUAUUUACAGUAGGUGGGCCUAAUCAUGAAAUCUCAAAAGAAAUGCCGAAAUGCGUUUCCGUUUCGAAAAUACUAAUUAAUUAGGGUUGAAAAACGAAUUAUCAUGCAGCAUAUUUUUCUAAUAAUUCAUUUACCCCAACACUUUUAUUAUUGAACCUAAGGUGUGGAAAACAGGCCGACAUAAAUUCGGGUUUUCGGGAUACCAUAAAAAGCCAAAACGGCGUUUCCUGACAAAUUUGAUUAACAAGCACAUCGUUUCUAAAUUAAAGAUUGUAAUCUUCUACUUCCACAGAAGCUUUCAAAGUGGAGUCAGUAGGCAACCUUGCAUGUCUCCUCUGACGCGCGGGACGAAACGAUAUUUUCAGACAUUGCCAGUCGAGCGUUUACUUGAAAGGAAAUUUUGCAUACUAUUUAUUUCUAAAAGCUUUCUUAUUAGAAGGACGGAAGUGGGCGUUUCCGUCGGACCGUAGAGUUGUGGUCCUCAGUUUACCAAGUUGUCGCAUACGUAUGAGUAAUCAAUAGCCCAGGAGAAAUAUCGGCAGAAGUAACGUGUACUAGCUUACGCUGACAAAUAAACGGGGAAACACAUAAAAGUCUUCUUUCAUUUCGGCAGUUGCACCGCCCAACGACUGGCAUAAACAUAAAGAGAAAAACAAGUGAUUUAAAAAAUAAUUUACUGAAAGUUUUUUGAACAGCAAACACUUAGUUGAUAAUAAAACAAGAAACUUUUGAACUCUUUAUAAUCACUUUUUUUCAUCUGAUUUAUAGUCUAAGCCUGAAAUAUCCUCCAAAAACACUGCCGGCCAUUGCGCACAUAUUGUGAAUUCGUGACACAUCAUUUGCAAUUCCGAACUAAAUUUUCACUGCGGAAUAAUAUGUCCAAAAAUAGUGCCUAACUGUCAUUGUACGCUAGUAAAGAACAGCGUUCAUUUUGCCGAAAUUGGUCCACUGAGGUUUAGCCUUUAUAAUCUCACGACGACUUCGAGAUCUCCUUGGUGUACAAACCAGUGUAUACCGUCCUUGCGGCCACUCCUGUAGAUUGGCAAGAUGUUGUAAACAACCACGUCAUAAAGAGAAAAUAGUAAGGAUUUGAGCGGCUGGAAUUACGUAUGAAUCUAAAACUAGUCCCGUCAUAAUUCGCCUUUACUUAUACAAAACAUGACGCAAAUAAUGCGAUAGGGAAAUAUAUUUUUAAACUUCGACCACCUGUACUGAUAAGUUCUAGCUAAGCAGACCAUAUAGAAAACAUUUUGUGAUAUAGGUUCCUUUAAGGGACUGAUCCGCCUUUUAGCUGAAGUUCAUAAAAUGUUGCAUGACAUGUAAAAUAAUUGUAAAAGGUUAAAAAUAGUCUGUUUUCCACUUUACUUUUUAAAUCUUUAAACAAAUGAUCGCAAAAUCUUCAGAUAUCGGCAAAAAUGUCAUCUUUGCCAUUGAAUUUUUGUUCUUGUUACGCAAUUCACAGCGUUACCAUCGCACACAACGAUGUUUUACUCGACACUUGGUUAAGCACAUUAGUCAGUGCACUAAGACAAGGUUUAAAUGUCUUCUAGCCAAAUUGCAAUAACUGCGUUGUGCGAUAGAAUAAAAACAGCCUUUCAUAUGGUAUGAAGAUAAUAAGCCAUAUCUUUAACACGUUUCAUGGAAUCAAGUGACUUUUAUGAACCCUACAUGACCUUUACUGAAUGUGUGCUUAUCUUCGCCAGCGACAAAGAGGGGGCAAACUGGCAAUCACUGCCUUGAAGUAAAUAAUGUUUUAAUAAGUAAUUUGCAUAUAAUGAGUAAAUUUAUAAAUAGGUUGUGCACACUUAGCUAUAAAGAAACGAGUUCGUUUUUUGGUGAUAAACGGAUUUCAGCAACUUGCAAAGAUGUAGAAGAUCUGCAACACGAACUAGCAAAAUUAUCAGACAAAUCAAAACUAGCAACUCUUUAACUGCAAUGAGAAACAGAAGAAUGCUGUGUGUGAUCCAAGUCAACACUUUAUUGCAUAACAAACCAAAACGACUGUCUCUACCUCGGUGACUUAUCAUGUACGAAUGGAUGAAAAAGUGCAGACGGUUUCACGAAGACCAACUCACCUACUGUUUUAGUAAGAAAAUUAUCUUAAUUCCCAUAUCCAAAAGCGAGUGCAGCCAUAGUAAAAAAUUCCAAAUGUUUCAAAAUUCCCUUGGGCAUCCUCGGACGACUGCAUACAACCAAAACGCCGACUGCACAAAGAUAAACGCAUUCAGCCUAUUCUUGAAGUUGUAAUCUCUCAAAAGAAAGCGGUUUGCUCUACUUUUUAACAUAACCUUGGAAACAUUUUUGCAAACGAAACCCUAGCAAAAACAGUUGAUUAAAGUAAACAUGAAAAACAAAAUAAGAACGCGCAUUCAUGCUAUUUCUGUAUUUUGUCACUUUCAUUAUAUCCUUAGCUGCUGACCUUUACUUUCAUGAGUAGUUUCCGUGAUGUCAGAAUCUCAAGUAGACUUAAUUUUGUUUGUUUUAGUACUCCAAGUCGUCGAAAUAAGAAUCAAGUAUGCUUAUUAGUUUUCGUAUCUUGCCUUUAAAAAACAAAGUCAACGAAAUGCUGAGCCAAACACGCGCACAAAACCAGUAAUUCAGUAUAAUAUAAGUUCUAUUUAGGUAUUUUUAGUAAGAGUAAUCCGAUAGUUAUUGAAAGCUUUCAAAGGAACAAAAAUAUGAAGGAAAGCAUAAGUAUUAUGUCGACAGGGAAUCAAAAAUACGAGAGUGAAUACAAACUUAACCAAGUAGCGCGGUCAAUACUUUUUCGAUCAUGUCUCUCCUCAAAAUUAAGUGGCACAUACUGAAUCAAAAAGCCAGAAACAUUUCACGACCACACACAUCAUACUAGUUAAUAUUUCAUGCUUACCCGAGUUUACUGUCCGUGAGUUACUGCAGCCCCGUUUUGCACCUGCUUUAUGUCGCUGACAAUCAAUUUUCUAUAGACAUUGAGUCAAGACAGUCCGUUUCGGAUCAUGGACGGUCAGGAGUUUCUAUUUUAGCGGCUGCAGAGCUGGCCAACAUAGCUCACAUAUUGAAAAGAGAAUCAAGUUCCGGUGGGGACUUUGGUUCCUUUGAAUAGUAGUUGCUAUUGAGUUGCUCGACCUUACUAAAAUGUCUCAGUUAUUAAUUCUGAGGAACGUCUCGAUAAUUUACUUCUCGUCAUUAAAAACUAAUUUCUUAAGAAGGAACUCAAUUUACCAAUAUUAAGUUGCAGACUUAGCUUAAGAAAUGCUAAUUGAUUUUUACAUUUGAGAGACUGAACUAGGAUCCAGUGGACUAAGGAAUUUGACAUGCUUAUGAUAGUUGUGCCAUCGUAUCUAUCCUGAUUGACAAGCGUACUGCGACGAACCCUGUCUCGUCAUAUACCUUCAUUGUAGAGUUCUCAUGGGUGACGGCUCAGUUAUAUACAAUGAUUAAUUUACAGAUUUGUAAGUGUAGUCGUCUCUGAUGAUUGGUUCGAAUGACGACUUUUAUAUGCUUUAAAUUUCGAGUUCGUUUCUAGUGACGAUUCACAUAACGCCGCUGGUGUCUACGGUAAACAAAUCCGUGCUUAUGGUGGGAAAGUUCGUUGUCUUGUUUGGAAGCCAGAAAAAAGCUUAGUUUAAGUGCCUGAAUAAUGUACAUUAUCUAGAAAGUUUUUACUGAGGUUAAGUAUAUAAUGGCGCAUAGAGUAUUAUCACGGCGUUUGUUUGUACAAAAGACAGGUAAAGCUAAACAAUGAUUAUUUUCGCGCAAAGGAACACGACAGCUGAACAGCAAACAAAUACCGACAGUAUGCAUACGGCAACUAACGCGCUCGGCAAAAUCUCGAACAUAAACAAAAUGAUCAUGUUUUUAGUCAUUACUACUAAGAAAUUGUCAAAAAGUACAACUUGCCUGACAUUGCAGUUUCAAAAUGGAGUUGGCCAUUCGAAGACCAUUUAGACCAAUUGCGCUAACGGACAACCUAGAGAGUUAUAGUUCAUGAAUUUUGUGCUUUUGGGCAAACCGUGCCCCAUGGACUUUUUAAGGAUCACUCCGGCUCUUUUUGAAUCCGCCAAUACCCCUCGAAAGAAUAAGCAUUUUUACUAUUCCAAUAUAAUAGGUAAAUGGAAAAUAGGCAAAAUAUCAGACAACAUUAGCAGAAAAUUAUUUAAAUUCGGCAACGGCAGAGGUAAGAUAACAGUUGCACGAAAAUGCAAUUAUAAAUAUUUUUGUGCAGAAGCAAACAAGUAGAAUUAGAAUUACCUAACUUCUAAAAGAGAUUACCCAUGGUUAUUUCUUCAAGUCAAACGUUACAUAGACGUUUUCGUUGUCUAGAGAGUUCUUUAAUUUGAAGUUGAAUAACUGGUCUUCAUAAUUUUGUUAUAAUGAGGCUUUUGAACAUCCAAAGUUUAAACUCUGUCGCAAUCAAAAGUCGACAUAGCAGAACGCGAUAUAGGUCGCUUAAAAUGGAUGGCUAACAAGACGUUAUACUUCGCUCUAAGCCUUCAGAGGGCGACCGAUUAUAAAACGUAUAGCGUCCUCCAUCAAACUAGGAGGGGUAUCGUGCGAUGAAUGGAUUGUGAUUGCUUCAAUAGACAUGUUGGUCCAAACAAAAGAUGAAAGAGAGAUCAGAUUAAGUCAAUUUGACGACAGUGAUAUUAUUACCGUAAUUAAAGACUGCCCGUUGUUUCUAAAAGCGGAUUUUUCCUAUCGGUAAUUCCUACUGCUACUCCGCAUGUCUACUCAAAAAUAAUCUGAAACUCUUCUCCCUCGGAAAACCCUACUCUGCUUUUAAGUGUUUUGCAAAUUUUUAAAUGCCUUAAUUGAAUUAUGAUAACCUAACUUUAUCAUUAAAUAAUAUCGACUGAACCUUAAACUAUCGUAUUGCUACUUUAUGUUUGACAAAAGAAUUGCCCUUCUGGCAAUAGUCAAAUGCAAAAAUAAAUUGGUUAUUGAUAAUACUAACAGUUAGAGAGAACCCGAAGAUAUUUUUUGCGAACUUGUUUGUCAGCCUAACCUUCUCCUAAAAGUAUUGUUUAUUUGUUGGUAUAUCUUCUAACAUGACUUCAAAUACCCUGAUAUACAGCAAAACUGGAGCGUAUUUUCAAACUUUUUAUUAUAAAUAUUGAAGCUAUUUUAACGUAAAUUAGUACUUUUUAAUUGAAUUUCUGCAAGGGCAGUACUCAUCAACUUGUGCCGAUUCGACCAGGCAAAAUUAACCCAAAUAAUUUUCCUCUCCUUCAGCAUAACGAGUCACGGCUUUCGGAUGUAUUCUUCUCACCUCACAGGCAGACAACGCUGAUUAAUAAUUCAAGAGAAUGGCGUCAGUCGAUGCACAACUUGUCUCAUUUUAGUCAGCAUGUUUAUCUGCGAGACCGUUGGCCACAGACGCUGGCGAAUUUUCAAUCAGUACAAGCCUGGCUAGUGCACUUCAUUAUCUUCUUCGUGUUGCCAUUCUUCUUUCUUUGUUUGGCUAGUUUUCGACUACUUUACGCGGUGCGAAUGUCCAGCCGAUUUGUACGGCAGCACUGUAUCCGUGGAGGCGCAGAGUUUAAGAGUACACUGCGCGAGGAGGCUCGCAUGACUAUCCUUGUUCUCUGCCUCAUUGGAGCCUUUUUCACCUGUCAAAGUCCUUUUGUUGUCUACUCUGCCUGCCGAAAGGUGGGUAUUCUGUCAACUCCCAGCAGAGGUCACAGUCUUCUGCGUGCCUUUAUAAUUCUGGCGCUGGCUCUCAAAACCGACUGCACAUUUGUUUUUCACUGUUGGCUAAACCAACGUUUUGCCUUGGCACUGCGUCGAAUGCUCUGUUCUUUCUCCGCCAGCAAACGUAACGUCCGGUGUAAUCGGAGUGUUGCCAGCUCUGCAGAGAAUUCGGCUAUGAGCAACAGAUUCCACGACGAAAGACGGCUAGUAGACCUAAAUUCUAGGAAAAAAGAAAAUCGCAUAAAAUACCUUCUACAGGAGAUCAAACGUCCGGCUGUCGAAAAGAUGCAAGAGAGGGAUAUCCAGUGGCCUUUCAAGGAAGUGACCUGCAAUCCGAGUCUUUGUGCAGCACAAAUGCCAAAGAUUGAGAACAGGAUAGCCAAUGAGAAGCUACCUCUGCGUAUCCUUCCACUGCCUGAAAAUCAUGAUUCAGCAGAUCACAUGAAGCGGCCAAAUGUCUACAAAGAGUUGACAAAGCUUCCUCCUGAAAUGCAACAAGGACGUUGUGGAAGCAAUUCCAUUCAAGAAAUCUGCUCAGGCUUUGCAAAUAAAGCCCUAAAUUUACCGAUUGCGGCAAGCGAUAGGGCGCUGCAAGAGCAAGUUCAAGAGGAGCUGGCUGCAAAUUUGCCUCAAGAAAAGAAAAGAAGGCAUAGUUCUUUUAAAAGAUCGCACCAGCAAGAGGAUCAGAUUGGCCCUCGGUGGUUUUCGGAGAAUGACCUGUGUACAUCCUGUACAACAACGGCCUGUUCCUGUAAUUCUUCCUGUAAUCUGAAUUAUUCUCCUGGUCAUUCUUCAGCCUGCUCAUCAGCAUACUGCGCGUCUGUCGUGAUCUCACAGCCAGCUUAUCAAACCAGGGCUCCGUCAACGACGCAAUUUAUUAAUUCCACUAAGCGACUUUCCAGCAUCGUCCAGUAA